AUGGAGACUCCUGAUGAAUAUUUUAGCAGUUAUGAAAAUUUUGAGGUCCAUGGAUUAAUGUUGAGUGACAAUCCUCGUAUGACAGCUUAUAAAAAUGCUAUUUUAGAUAAAAAAGAUUUAUUUCAUAAUAAAAUUGUAAUGGAUGUUGGAUCUGGUACCGGAAUUUUAUCUAUUUUUUGCGCGCAAGCUGGAGCAGCUAAAGUAUACUCAGUAGAAGCAAGCAAAUUAUCAGAACUAAUUGAACAAGUAGUUGAUGAAAAUAAUUACAAAGAAGUUAUUAAAAUAAUUCCUAGUAAACUAGAGGAUAUUAAACUGGAGAUAAAUGAAAAAGUAGACAUUAUAGUUUCUGAGUGGAUGGGCUUUUAUUUAGUUCACGAAGGAAUGUUGGAUACUAUUUUGACAGCUCGUGAUAGGUUUUUAAAAUCAGACGGACUUAUUUUUCCUUGUAUUGCUAAAUUGUACGCUGUACCAUGUCAAGUUCCUUCUUUAUUUGAAUUUUGGGAAAAUAUUUAUGGAGUUAAAAUGACAUGCAUUGGUAAAGCAAUGAGAGAACAAAAAUCAUCAAAACCCGAAAUAAUUUUGGUUGAUCCAAAAGACAUAAUCGCUGAAGAAAAAAUCCUCGCGUGGAUUGACUUGAAAACCGCGACGUCAGACGACUUGAAUACAAUUGGUGGCCAGGAUUUAGUAUUUCCGUCCACUAAAAACGGCAAAUUCGAGGGAGUUUGCAUCUGGUGGGACGUCGAGUUUCAUGAUGAUCUGAUUUUAUCAACCGCACCUUCCGAACCCCCUACUCACUGGAAGCAAACGCUGAUUACGCUGCCAAAUAAUUGCCAAGUUGAACAAGGAGAACCGAUUGCGUUUCGUGUUACGCUAAAUCGUAAUAAUGAUAGGCGCAAAUAUAAUUUAGAGUUAGUGGUUUUGAACCCUGAUGAAACUGAUCAUGACUUGCCGUGUAGUUGUUAUUUUACGAAGUGUAUUGUCGCGAGAGAGUAUCUUAAACAUCAUAGCCAAGAAAUAGACACGAAUAAUGGGUUCGAAUAA